AUGGACGUGCUAGGCCACAUGGACCUGACCGACGGCUCCCUCUGCUCCUUCUCGCCCGCCGGCGACUUCUACGACGACCCCUGUUUCAACACGUCGGACAUGCACUUCUUCGAGGACUUGGACCCGCGGCUGGUGCACGUGGGAGGCCUGCUGAAGGCCGACGAGCACAGCCACCACCACGGCCACGAGGACGAGCACAUCCGGGCGCCCAGCGGGCACCACCAGGCCGGACGCUGCCUGCUUUGGGCGUGCAAGGCCUGUAAGAGGAAGACCACCAACGCCGACCGCCGCAAGGCAGCCACCAUGCGUGAGCGGAGGCGACUCAGCAAGGUCAACGAGGCCUUCGAGACCCUCAAGCGCUGCACCUCCACCAACCCGAACCAGCGCCUGCCCAAGGUGGAGAUCCUGCGCAACGCCAUCCGCUACAUCGAAAGCCUGCAGGCGCUGCUGCGCGAGCAAGAGGAUGUCUACUACCCAGUCCUGGAACACUACAGCGGCGACUCCGAUGCAUCCAGCCCCCGCUCCAAUUGCUCCGACGGCAUGCUGGAUUACAGUGGACCUCCUUGCAGUUCUCGUAGAAGGAGCAGUUAUGACAGCAACUACUAUUCAGAAUCGCUCAGUGAUUCCAAGCAAGGGAAGAGCUCAGUGGUUUCCAGCCUAGAUUGCUUGUCAAGCAUUGUGGAAAGGAUUUCAACAGAGAGCACAGCCUGUCCUGCUCUACCCACAGCUGAAAGUGGGAUUGAAGGGAGCCCUUGCUCACUCCACGAAGGGGCCAGCCUGAGUGAUACUGGAGCCCAAACCAGUUCCCCAGCCAGCUGUACUCAGGUUCCUCAGGACUCUGCCAACAACAGUGCCAGCAACCCUAUUUACCAAGUGCUAUGA